AUGUAUUUGUCGAUUUUUCUAGUUGGGCUAAGUUCGGCGUGUAUACGCACAGAUAAUUCGGGUUAGUUUUUUUUGCUGGCCACGUCAUAACUAACUUGAAAAUGUUACAGUAAAAGUUUUCAGUCCCCAUCGUUCCUGAGGAUACAACCACAACUACCACUACAACUACCACAACUGAAGCUCCACCAUCUUGCCCCGAAGGCUGGACACUUUUUGAUCGCACACCAACGCCUUGGUGUAUGCGAGUGUCCCUGCAAUCCACGAAUAUAGAUGGAGCCCUGGCAGUCUGUCAAGGUUUGAACUCCGCCGCCGUCGUGUCAGGCUUCCAAAACCAAAAUGAGAUCACGACAAUGAUGACUGCUGCAGUUGCGCAAGGCGCCGCUGCCAACAGCAAUUUAUUAGUUGGCGCGAAACGCACCGAAGCAUGCCAAGAUUCAGCAAUCACUGCCACCUGUACAGCACUGACUUCUUUCGAAUGGACCGAUCCUAGUACAACUGGAACUGAUGGUUUUCAGUGGGCUGCAGGGCAACCGGAUAAUUUUCAGGGAACUUCGGGAAGUGUGGUGAUUAAUGUGGGCACUGAAUUGUUGGAUGAUGUGAAUGGAGCGGAUACGAAAGAGGGAGUUGUGUGUGGAAUGAACGCCACGUAG